AUGUGACGUCUGUUAUUUUACUCCAAAUGGCAACCUAUGAAAUGUUGAUAGACAUAAUGAAGCAUUAGAUGAUAUCGCCCCCACCCACAUCAUCCAAUUUAUGAUUGUAGUAAAUACCAAUGUGAAAGUUUAUCAACUUCCGCGAGUUAACCUUAUCAGUGAUAACGAUAAGAUAUAACAUGCAGCUUCGUUCAGCCUAUACCAAAUUGUUAACCCACUCGUAAGCACCCUCUGUACCGCCCUAGUCGAAUGGAGGACUCAAAUUACGAUCCGGUGUCGCUGAACGCGCCCUCGGGGCCUGCGGCGGGAGAGGAGGACCGGGCAGACAGCGGCGUCGCCUCGCGGGUGUCCCAAAUGGGUCUGUGCCAUGUGUUCCCUUUCCUCAGCGUCGGGAUCUACGUGUUUGACAUUGCUACAGAUAUCGGGUUCAUCGUCUUGUUGUUCCAGCACGCCCGCGAGUGGGGUGUCGUGCAUGCAGGUCUCAACCUCAACGCAUGGGCGGGCAUCCUCAUCAUACUCCGGAUUGCUUGCGGCAUUUUGGCCAAUCUUUGUGCCACAUUGGAAAGGAUCGAUGCUGAAAAACUCGAUCAUCUGACGAAGUUGGCGCUGUUCCUGCUGUGUCUGCUUCCUGACCACCAGCUCCUCACGGCCAUGUGGUGGCACCUGGGCAUGGCGUUCGGGCAAACCAGGUCAGUGUCCGUGAUGGAGUGGGCAGGAUUUACACGGCUUCUGCAUGGCAUGGUGGUGACAGUGCCUCAAGCUAUAUUCCAGAUAUACUACUUGGUGACCAUUCGCUUUUAUCUGCCAAGCGGCCGCAGUCUCACCGUGGCCCUGGUAGCCUUCGCUUACUGGCCGUGGUUCAGCUUAGUGUGUCUCCUGCUGAUCUGGCUGUCGCUGCUGGUGGUGUGGACGGUGAAGGUGCGUUUGGCGGGCGGCAACCCCCGGGAGUCGCCCGGCGUGCGCUGCCUGAUGGCCGCCGUCGAAAUCCUCGUCUCGGCCGCGAGCUGGAAGUGGUACCUCACCUUGACUCUGUCCUUCAUCUUCCUCAGCGUCGCCUACUUCAUCCAGGGCUACACCCAAGCUUACCAGGCAGUUCUGUUCGCCGUGGCCAUGUGCGCGCACCUGUUCGGCUUUCUCCUGCUGCUGGCCUCGAGGGGCGUUCACGAGAAAGCCUUCUAUGAGAUGCUCCAGAUAAAGAGAACAGUCGGGGACGCAUAG